CAAUCCUUUUCCCCAAUACUAGAAUCCUCCAAUGCUUACACGUCAAAUACAAAAACUCUCCUCUUGCCGAACAAUCAGCAUUAAAAAAACAACCUUCAGCCUCGUGAGCCACAUAGUACACCACCAACAACCCAUAUUCCAACAACACCGAGCAUACAGGAGCAGCAGCAGUAACAACAACACCGAAAAAAGCGCAAUGCUGCACUCAGCUACCGAAUCCGCGAAAAAAAUCUUCGCACCAACCUCAAACUCCGACGACCCAGGCCACGCAACACAAUACACAAAAGGCGCCCUCGACCGCGCAGACCUGCUCCCCUCCCCCACCGACCAGUUCCACAAAUGGUUCCAAGAAGCCCAAUCAAACAACGUCUACCAGCCCGAAACCGUCACUUUUUCCACAGCCGAGCUCCCCUCGGGCAAGGUCUCGGCCCGCGUCGUCUACAUGAAGGAGCUCGACGACCGCGGCUUUGUCAUCUACUCGAACUGGGACACGAGUCGCAAGGCCAGCGACGUGCGCAGUAAUCCGCAUGCGGCUCUGACGUUUUACUGGCGCGAGCUCGAGCGCCAGGUGAGGGUUGAGGGGCGCACUGAGCGGCUUACCGACGAGGAGUCACAGGUCUACUACGAUACGCGCAUUCGCGGCUCGCGGAUUGGCGCCUGGGCGAGUCGGCAGAGUAGUGUGAUUGAGAGCAGGGAGGAGUUGGAGAAGCGAGUGGAGGAGGUGGAGAAGAGGUUUGAGGGGAAAGACAAGAUUCCUGUACCGGAGUUCUGGGGUGGGCUGAGGGUUGUGCCUGAGAUGGUGGAGUUUUGGCAGGGAAGGCCGAGUCGGUUGCAUGAUCGGUUUGUGUAUAGGAAGGUUGGGGGAGAGGGAACAAAGGACGCAGAGUGGAAGAUUGAAAGGUUGAGUCCUUAGGUAUGGAGGUAAUGAUUAAUGUUAUCUGUCUUCAUCAUGCACUUUCAUCAUCUUCUAUUAAAAUGGGUUUCAUUAUUCUUGCCCCUUGUUCAAUAUCCAGCUUGAGCACCCAAGAAUACAGAUUCUAAAUCAGUUACUCUGAUGUAGACC